CAGAAAUCCUCAUCAGACCCAUUCCUAAACUUGUUACUGCUUUCUCUCUCUACUCUCUCUCUCUCUCUCUCUCUCUCCUCAGAUCAUGGCUGCUGCUUCUUCAACCUCUGCUGCUCUCAGAACCUUCUCUUCCGCCGCCAAGCUCUCACCCACCGCCACUCCACCUGCCCAAAAACUCCUACACUUCAAGCUCUCCAACCCCUUUCUCUCCCAAAACCUCAGCCUCACCACCACCACCACCACCACCACCAGACGAUCAUUCACUUGCAAGAGCCAGAGCAACCCAUCAGACUCUCCAAGACCCACUAAAGUUCAAGAACUGUUUGUGUAUGAGAUGAAUGAGAGAGACCGUGGAAGCCCAGCUUAUCUCCGAUUGAGCCAGAAAUCUGUCAAUUGCCUCGGCGAUCUUGUCCCUUUUAGCAACAAAUUGUAUACCGGAGACCUGACGAAGCGGUUGGGAAUAACGGCGGGUCUAUGCAUUUUGAUCAAGAACGAACCGGGGAAGAAAGGUGACCGGUACGAGGCGAUAUACAGUUUUUACUUUGGGGACUACGGUCACAUAGCGGUGCAGGGUGCGUACUUGACCUACGAGGACACGUUUCUGGCUGUGACUGGUGGAUCAGGAAUCUUUGAGGGUGUGACCGGUCAGGUUAAGCUGCAGCAGAUUAUUUUCCCCUUCAAGUUGUUCUACACUUUCUACUUGAAGGGUAUACCGGACCUGCCGGUUGAGUUGCUGGGCACGCCGGUUGCGCCGUCGCCCGAGGUGGUGCCGUCGCCGGAAGCCAAGGCUUGCGAGCCUGGGUCCACCAUUCCCAAUUUCACUGAUUGAAUAAUGUUCAAUCAUGAUGAUAGAGAUGUACGACUAACUCUACUUUAUUGUAUUUGUAUUGCUUUUUGUUUUGUUUUUUUGGGGUUUUAUUUACGUCAUGUUGUUGAGAAAGGUUAUGAAUUGUAGUGGACCUAGUGGUGGAUAGUGGAAUUUUAGUUGGAGUCCACUCACUCCUCAUGUAUUUUGUAGGGAUUUUCAUUGCAUGAAUAAAUAAUGUUGUACAACAACUCAACAGUGGAAAA